ACUACUAACCAGUACCCUCUAUCGAUCGACCUACUUACAAUCCAGUCUGCCUGAUCCUCUGUAUUAAAGGGCGUCAGACAUCCACUCUUUGUUUCACUCAAUCUGCGCGUCUUCAUCGACAUGUCUUCGUCCUUUAGUAUAAGUGCAAUAUUAGGCAACGAUGGAACCAAAAGCAAAACACAAGUUGUUCGGGGAGAAGCGUACAAGCCAAGUUUCAUAAGUAAAGAAAUCAACGUUCAACCGAAAGACGAAUUGAACGUUGUUGAAGAAGAGAACCAGGCUGAAGAUGAUACAGAGUCUUUAACUCCAGAACAGGAAAUGAUGGAUUCACAAUACGAACAGAAAUGUCUCGUCAACAAAGCRAGGCGAAGGCGAACAGCUUUUACCAGCAGUCAACUGAAAUCAUUAGAGGAGAAAUUCCAGGAAAAGAAAUAUUUGACAAUCAGCGAGAGAAACAACCUCGCUAAGAACAUGCAUUUGACUGAUACACAAGUGAAAACUUGGUUCCAAAAUAGAAGGACAAAAUGGAAGAAACAAAUGGCGCCUGAUUAUGAGGCAGCGCUACGAAGCGAAGAGAUGAAUCCAUAUUAUGGCCAUUGUUCUAUUCCUUUACCGUGUUACGCUGAACAUGGUUUGCCGUAUUUACCAACUAGUCCAACUGGACCGCCAGGAUAUUUUGGAAUGUACCCAAACUUCUAUCCGACAUCCAACCUACGAGUGGUAUACUCAAACAUGUCUCUCUAUCCAUACUGAAUCUCGAGAGACGAGACGUUGUUGUCAACUAGUAGGGUAAAUGCGUUGUACAGUUGUAUAGUUUUGUUCCGAAAAUGAUUGAUUCAAGAGAGUCAGUCCCAAGUUAAGACUUGUAUCUCGCUUGAUGUUGGUAUACAUCCAGUACUUUAGCCCUUCAUGCCUUAAUACUUCAAUGACAUUGUCCUUCUAUCUCGACCGCGCGUUUGAAUUCGCUAUCAAAGUAUUAAGCAUGUUUGAAUGUUCUGCGGUGUUAAGGAAAUCUUUUUUUAAUGUUUAGAAAUACUUGAUACACGUUUUACACUCGCAAGAUAUUUGUUUAACUACGCCUACCUUUACAAACAAUCACCACAUACGUUUGAUCGUGAAUUAAAUCCUUAACUGAAUCACAAGACUAGAGUGAGUUAAUUCCUUAAUACCUGGUUCCUAUGCGUGGGAAAGGACACCGAUACAUACUCAUCGGUAUAUACUAAGAUAUUUAAGAAUACGUCGGGGGCGUUUAUGCCUGACUUCGUUGUAGAAAGUCAUUAGGCUUGAUAUUCACUUCAGUGAAGUGGUUAACUCGAUCAGUGUUCGACAAAAGCUGGCUGUUCAGAAAGCACAAYCUAUUGAUGAAUCAAGGCGGUCCUUGUGAAUAUUUCAAUGGGUCAAUAGGAAGAUAAAAUUGUAUAAAAUUGUUAAAGAUUUGUUAUCAAUAAACUACAUUGAGAAUGUU